AUGGGAUCACUAUACCGGUCAGAGCAGAUGCGAUUCUGCCAAAUGAUUGUCCAGAAAGAUGCUGCAUUUUCCUGUGUUGCUGAACUUGGCAAACAUCCUUAUGUUCAAUUUAAAGAUUUGAAUGCUAAUGUCAAUCCGUUCCAAAAAAUGUAUCUUCGUGACAUUCAACGGUUUGAAGAACUGGAAAGGAAGCUAAGAUUCCUUGAUGCCCAAAUACGUAAAGACGAUAUUGAAGUUAAUGAUGAUGUUGGCGGAGAUGACACAUAUGAAGUACUGGCACCACAUGAACUCAAUCAACUUGAGGGCACACUGAUUGAUUUAGAACGUGAUGUAAUCAAUAUGAACGAAAAUAAUAUAAUCUUGAAACGGAAUUAUUUUGAGCUAAAAGAAUGGGAAGCAAUUCUAGAGAAAACGGAUCACUUUUUCGAAGAAGGCAUUAGUGAUGUUGCAAUGCACGAAAUUGAAGCAAUGCAAGAAGAUUCUGCGCUUGUACUCAGAAGUGGAAAAGAGCCUAUAGGGUUUUUGGCAGGUGUCGUCAAUCGUGAUCGUGUGAAUGCCUUCGAGAAAGUUUUAUGGCGAGCUUGUCAUAAAACAGCAUUUAUACGUACUACCGAUAUUGAGGAGGAAUUAGAAAAUCCAGAUAGUGGUGAAAUCUGCUCGAAGUCAGUCUUUUUGAUUUUUUAUAAAGGCGACCGUUUACGGAUUAUCAUCGAGAAAGUUUGUGAAGGAUUCAAGGCUAAACUCUACAACAAUUGUCCAAAGAACAGCAAGGAUCGUCAUGCAGCAGCACGUGAUGUAAAAGCACGCAUAUCGGAUAUGCGUACGGUACUGGGCCAAACUCAAGAACAUCGGUAUAAGGUGCUUCAGGCUGCUUCCAAUUCUGUCAGGCAGUGGCAAAAAGAGGUUCGCAUGCAAAAAUCGGUUUACUAUACGUUGAACCUUUUUACCUUUGACGCUAUUGGUAAAUUUUUCGUUGCUGAAUGUUGGGUACCAUACGUUGAUCUCGAAAAUGUCCGCUUAGCUCUUGAAGAAGGAGUGAGGAAAAGUGGUAGCAGUGUGAGACCUGUUCUAAAUCUUUUGGAGACUACCGAAGAGCCACCUACAUACAAUCGAGUUAACAAAUUCACGAGAGUUUUCCAGGCGAUCGUUGAUUCUUAUGGUACUGCCUCUUAUUUGGAAAUCAACCCAGCUCCUUAUACUAUCAUAACAUUCCCAUUUAUUUUUUCCUGCAUGUUUGGUGAUCUUGGACAUGGUAUAAUAAUGCUCCUGGUUGGUUUGUGGAUGGUACUUCGGGAGAAGAACCUUGCAGCACGUAAUAUUAAGGAUGAGAUUUUCAACAUGUUUUACGGCGGUCGUUACAUUAUUUUACUUAUGGGCAUUUUUUCGAUUUAUGCAGGUUUUCUCUACAAUGAUCUGUUUGCUAAAUCAUUUAAUCUAUUCGGUUCAAAAUGGCGUAAUCCAUUCCCUAAUGCGGAGAUUGAAUCUUGGGAUAGUCAAUCGAUCCUUAUGCAUAAAGAAAUAAUGAUCGAUUUGCCGCCAUCACGAUCCUAUAUGCAUGAUAGUGGGCCUUAUUGGUUUGGUGUAGAUCCUGUAUGGAAUUUAGCAGAGAAUCGACUAAACUUUUCAAACUCCUUAAAAAUGAAACUAUCAGUCAUACUCGGAAUUGCUCAGAUGACAUUUGGUGUAUUCUUAUCACUGUUAAAUUAUAUAUACUUCAAAUCAAAAAUUGAAAUAUGCACAGUGUUUAUCCCACAGAUUUUGUUCAUGCUCUGUAUAUUUAUCUACUUGUGUGUCCAAAUCAUCAUCAAAUGGCUAUUCUUCUGGGUUCAAGAGGAAUACAUCUUUGGGUUGCUUUAUCCAGGGUCAAACUGCGCUCCUUCAUUGUUGAUUGGUCUCAUCAACAUGUUUAUGUUCAAAUAUCGUCGGCUUGGCUUUCUAAAUGAAUCGAAAAUUGUUUCUCAAAAUGAUGGUCACUCAACCCUCGAAGCAAUUCUGGUUAUAAUAGCUGUAAUUUGCGUACCAGUAAUGUUAUUUGGCAAACCGAUUCAUUUUCUACUACAUCGCAAGAAGAGAAAUGUCAUUAGCGAUAAUGCUGUAAUAUGGAUGAACCAGGAAAGCGAAAAGGCGGAAAUAACUUUGAACGAAAAUGGAAGCGGCUUAAAUAAAAAAGAUUGGGAAGAAACUAUAUCUGAUAAUGAAUGCGAGGAAGAGUCAUUUGGGGACGUUAUGGUUCAUCAAGCAAUCCACACAAUUGAGUAUGUCCUUGGUUGUGUGUCUCAUACAGCAUCAUACCUUAGACUAUGGGCUCUAUCACUAGCACAUGCCCAAUUAUCGGAAGUAUUAUGGGAAAUGGUACUUGUUCAAGCAUUUAGUAUUUCUGGCAUUGCUGGCUAUAUCGCUGCUUAUUUGGUAUUUUUUGCAUUCGGUGUUCUAACCGUCUCAAUUUUGGUACUCAUGGAAGGACUUUCCGCUUUCUUACACGCACUCCGAUUGCACUGGGUUGAGUUCCAGUCCAAAUUUUAUCUCGGACUCGGCUACCCUUUCCUGCCUUUCUACUUCAAGGACGUACUACUGAAAGCAAAUGUUAUUGAAAAGUAA